AUGGUUGUGGAUUGGAUGGAUGUGACCGUUUCGAUAUUCACGUGCAACCCAUCUGCCGUCCACAUCAUUGUCGUUGAAUCAGAAGGCGGGUCCGUGGUUGCUGUUCUUAACGCAUCACCCUCACAAGCUCCUGCCAUCGGCGUUGGUGUGGAUGUCGCGCUCCUCGUUCGGGUCAAGGUGAGAGCAGCCGCAUCACCAUCGGCGGUAAUAGACUCUGCCAUCUCGACGAGAAAUGUUGGCUGCGUCUCGGCAAGGGAGCCUGUGAAUGAUCCUAAGGGGACAUUAGCCUUGUGCGGAGGCCGCGAGGCCGAGUGCCAGGACGAGGCAGGGGAUGAAUUGACGGGCCAUGGCUGCACGGCUGCUCGAAAUGCAGAAAUUGAAUGGGGUAAAAUUGUCGUGCUUGAGAUGAUGCUGCGUUAAAAUCUGAUUCCUUUUCCACGGUCGGACUGGUUCGUUGUCAAGACGAGGAGAGUGUGCAGAGCUUGAGUAUGGCACAGAACUGAACAAUGGGAAAGCGCCUAUCCUGCAGUCAUUAAUGGAGGCGCGAUGGAGAGUGCGUAACAUGAGCAACUCAUCGAGGUAGGAGCAAAAGGAACAUCAUCAGAACAAGCAUCAUCUACACAUUCCAGCAUCACCUAG